GGCGGAGCGUCGGUGUCUGCCUGGAGGAGAAUCACUCUGAACUCCAGUAACCUCCCCUCUCUACAUUAGAUUUUUUUCUCUCUCUCUCUACGGCCGCUCAACGAAUUACUCCAUCAGUGGCUGAAUCAGAGAGCCCUGCCUCUUUUCUCAUUGGACUGUACGGCCCAGCCAAGCUGUCAGCCCAUGUGGCGUGGCCAGGCAGAAUGUGAGACAUUUAAAUUCAUCACAGAGACACAUUUAAAGAAGCACGGAGGGACCGGCAGGGGACGGAGACAUACACAGCAUUUACAGUAACAGUGACACCGGCAGAGAGAUCAGAUAGGUAACGGAACUAACCCGGAGAAUACAUGCCAAACUACCGACAGCGUUUCCUCAAGUAAUCAACGUCGUCAUUUUGAAGGGACAUCAAACCGUGAGUCAGCAUGGAUGACAUAGUCAUAGCAGGGAUAUCAGGCCGUCUGCCUGAGUCAAACAACCUGGAGGAGUUCUGGGAAAACCUCAUCGGUGGUGUUGACAUGGUGACAGAGGACAACAGGCGGUGGACACCAGGUCUGUACGGUCUUCCAAAGAGGAACGGAAAAUUGAAAGACAUCACCAAAUUCGAUGCCACCUUCUUUGGUGUCCAUCCCAAACAGGCCAACACCAUGGACCCACAACUGCGUGUCAUGCUGGAGGUCGCCUAUGAAGCUAUCGUGGAUGGAGGACUGAACCCAGCUGACAUGCGUGGCAGUAAGACAGGAGUCUAUGUGGGGGCCAGCGGCUCUGAGGCCAGCGAGGCGUUCAGCAGAGACCCAGAGGAGCUGCUUGGCUACAGCAUGACCGGCUGCCAGAGAGCCAUGUUAGCCAACAGACUCUCCUACUUCUUUGACUUCAGCGGCCCCAGCACGGCCAUCGACACAGCCUGCUCCUCCAGCCUGCUGGCUCUAGAAAACGCCUUUCACGCCAUUCAGCAGGGCCUGUGUGACGCUGCAUUAGUGGGCGGAGUUAACCUGCUGCUCAAGCCAAACACCUCUGUGCAGUUCAUGAGACUGGGCAUGCUCAGUCCUGAGGGAACCUGCAAGUCCUUUGAUGCGUCAGGAAAUGGAUACUGCCGCUCUGAAGCAGCAGUGGCAGUUCUGCUCACAAAGCGGUCAGCGGCUAGAAGAAUCUAUGCUACAGUUGUCAACGCGGGAAACAACACAGACGGCUACAAAGAGCAAGGUGUAACUUUCCCUUCAGGUGACAUGCAGCAGAGGUUGGUCCGCUCUCUGUAUGAGGAGUCGAACAUAACACCAGAUCAGGUGGAGUACGUGGAAGCCCAUGGCACAGGGACAAAGGUCGGGGACCCACAGGAAGUGAAUGGCAUCGUCAGCGUGUUCUGUAGUGCAGAGAGAGAACCUCUGCUUAUCGGCUCCACCAAGUCUAACAUGGGUCAUCCAGAACCGGCCUCUGGUCUGGCUGCUGUGGCAAAGGUUUGUCUUUCUUUGGAGCGAGGCGUCUGGGCGCCCAACCUGCACUUCAACAGUCCGAACACCGACAUCCCUGCCCUCACUGAUGGUCGCCUUCAGGUGGUAGACCGGCCUACUCCCAUUAAAGGCGGCAUUGUUGGCAUCAACUCGUUUGGAUUUGGAGGUUCAAACGUUCACGUGAUCCUCCGUCCAGCUGAGAAACAAGCUGACAUGACUGCUCCUCCCAGGAAGCUUCCCAGGACUCUGCAGGCGUGUGGCCGCACAGAAGCUGCUGUGAGCGCCUUGCUCCAGAAGGGGAAGGAACAUGCUGCAGACGACAACUUCCUGUCUCUGCUGAACGAGGUGUCAGGAGCCAGCAUGCCGUACAGAGGUUACACUGUUAUCGAUGCUCAGAGUGACAUCACAGAGGUGCAGCAGGUGCAGGGUGCUGCCAGGCCGCUCUGGUACGUCUGUUCAGGUAUGGGGACCCAGUGGGCAGGUAUGGGCCGCAGUCUCAUGCAGCUGCCGGACUUCAGAGAGUCCAUCCUGCGAUCAGACACCGCGCUGAAGGAAACCGGCCUGGUGGUGUCCAGCCUGCUCAUGGAUGCAGACGAGACCACCUUUGAAGACACUGUUCAUGCCUUUGUCGCCCUCGCUGCCAUACAGAUAGCUGAGAUCGACCUGCUCACUAAGCUGGGUCUGAAGCCUGACGGUAUCAUCGGACACUCUGUGGGAGAGCUGGCUUGUGGCUACGCUGAUGGCUCCCUCACCCACAGCGAGGCCGUCCUGGCCGCCUACUGGAGAGGACGCUGUAUCAAGGAGGCCAAACUUCCUCCAGGAGGCAUGGCUGCAGUCGGGAUGACCUGGCAGGAGUGUCUGGAUCAGUGUCCUCAGGGAAUUGUACCAGCCUGUCACAACGCUGAAGACACCGUCACCAUCUCUGGUCCUCAGGAUGCGAUCAGUAAAUAUGUGGCGGAGCUGAAAGAGCAGGGAGUUUUUGCAAAGGAGGUGCGCAGCGCUGGCGUUGCUUUCCACUCCUACUACAUGGCAUCCAUCGCUCCUGUCCUGCUGGCUGCUCUGAAAAAGGUGAUAAAGGAGCCACGGCAGCGUUCAUCCCGCUGGGUGAGCACCAGCAUCCCUCAGGCUGAUUGGGGCUCUCCUCUGGCUCUGACCAGCUCGGCUGAUUAUCAUGUCAACAACCUGGUCAGCCCUGUGCUGUUCCAGGAGGGGCUCCGUCUGGUGCCGGAGAACGCUGUGGUGGUGGAGAUCGCGCCUCACGCUCUUCUGCAGGCCAUCCUGAAGAGAAGCCUGAAGCACACCUGCACCAUCCUCCCCUUGAUGAAGAGAGGUCACACCAACAACCUCGAGUUCUUCCUCUCAAACAUUGGAAAAGUCUACAUGAGCGGCAUCAACGUGGAUGCUAACAGCUUCUGGCCCGCGGUGGAGUACCCGGUCCCAGUUGGUACCCCUCUGAUCUCGCCCUUGAUUCAGUGGGAUCAUGCCCAGACCUGGGAUGUCCCACUGCCAGAACACUUUGUGGCUGGCUCAGGAGGAUCCAGCUCUGCCACUGUCUUUAAGAUCGACAUCAACCCAGAGUCAGCAGAUUACUACAUGCUCGGUCACUGCAUUGACGGGCGUGUCCUUUAUCCGGCGACCGGUUACCUGGUGCUGGCCUGGCGCACCCUGGUGAGGAAUCUGGGUGUUGUUAUGGAAACCACCCCGAUAACCUUUGAGGAUAUCACCAUCCAUCGAGCCACCAUCCUGCCAAAGAGCGGCUCGGUCCAGCUGGAGGUGCGUCUCAUGCCGGCCACCAACAAGUUUGAGGUUUCAGAGAAUGGAAACCUGACAGUCAGUGGUAAGGUGAGCCUCCUGCAGGACGCAGCCCUCGACUCAUUCCACGCCCAGAUUCGUCAACAAGCUGCCAACGAAGACAGUGAUCCCAAAAUGAAGCUUACAGCUCCUGACAUCUACAAAGAGCUGCGCCUGAGGGGCUACGACUACAGGAAGACCUUUCAAGGCAUCUUAGAGUCCAACAAUGCAGGAGACAGUGGGAAGCUGCAGUGGACAGGAAACUGGGUGACGUUCUUGGACACGAUGCUGCAGAUGAUCGUCGUGGGGCUGUCAGGUCGGAGUCUCCGUUUGCCGACGAGGAUCCGCUCGGUGUGCAUCGAUCCGGCUCUUCAUCAGGAGAAGGUCAGCGAGUAUGCAGAAGGAGAGCAAGCUGUGGACGUCCACGUGAACAGAUGCCUUGACAACAUCACUGCUGGUGGGGUUCAGAUCUGUGGUCUUCACGCCACUGUGGCCCCUCGCCGUCAGCAGCAGCAGAGUCCCCCCACUCUGGAGGAGUUUGUGUUUGUUCCCUAUGUAGAGAAGGAGUGCCUGACAGCCAAUGGGAAGCUGGCAGAGCAGCUGAGGAUCUGUAAAGGUUUAAUCCAAAGGCUGCAGCAGAAGUUGGCCAAUCAUGGUGUGAAGCUGUCCAUACCCGGGCUUCAGGGGGAGUCAAACGGCCCCCUCCCCAGCCUGGAAACUGAAGCAUCUGAGCCCAGCCUGGCUCGUCUGCUGACGCUGCUCUGCGGCCUGGAGCUGAAUGGAAACCUUCAGUCUGAGCUGGAGCAGACGGUGGAGAAGGAGAGGGCAUGUCUGCUGCAGGACGGUCUCCUGCAGGGUCUGCUGGACCACCCUGGACUCAGACACUGCCUGGACACUGCCCUGGAGAACAUCAUGCCUGGAAAGAUUAAAGUCCUGGAGGCUUUGUCAGAAGAUGGUCAGCUCUUCUCCCGCGUGGUUCCCCUUCUCAACAUUCAGCCAAUGCUGAGUGUAGAUUACACCGCCACAACAGCCAACCUGGAGCUUCUGACUCCCCAUCAAGCCUCCCUGGAGGAGCUUAUGGUGACUUCAGCUCAGUGGGACCCCCUCACAGGUCCGGCUCCAGGAGGUGCAGCAGACCUGGUGCUGUGUAACCACGCCUGGGGUCCUCUGAGGACGGAACCUGGACUGCUGAUGGCAAAUUUAGCUACAGGAGCCAAACAAGGAGGGUUUGUUCUGCUGCACACCCUCCUGAAGGGGGAGACGCUCGGGGAAACAGUGACGUUCCUCUCCAGUAGCGCUCAGAACAGCAGCCCGGGCAGACUGCUCACACAGGCUGAGUGGGAGAAGGUGUUUUCUGAGGCGUCCCUCAACCUGGUGGCUGUCAAGAAGUCUUUCUACGGCUCCGCCCUCUUCCUCUGCCGCACUCAGUCUCCGGGUAAAAAGCAGCCUGUGUUCCUGCCUGUGGACGGCACCGACUACAAGUGGGUGGAAACACUAAAGACGACCAUCGCUGACUCAUCAGACUGUCCGGUUUGGUUGACGGCCUCUCAGGCUCACUGCGGCAUCGUGGGAAUGGUCAACUGUCUGCGGCAGGAGCCAGGGGGCAACAGAAUACGCUGUGCGUUUGUGUCCAACCUGAACAAGUCCUCUACAGUGCCAACCCUCCAGCCCAAGUCCAUGCAGUCAGUGUUGGAAGGGGAUCUGGUCAUGAACGUGUUCAGAGACGGACACUGGGGCGUCUUCAGGCACCAGCUCAUCUCUCAAGAUCUGAACGAAGCGUCAACAGAGUUCGCCUACGUCAACGUGCUAACUCGUGGUGACCUGUCAUCUCUUCGUUGGAUCGCCUCUCCACUCCGACACUUUGUGACCAGCGACCCCAACGUCCAACUCUGCCGCGUCUACUACAGCUCCCUCAACUUCAGAGACAUCAUGCUGGCUACUGGCAAACUGCCCCCUGAUGCUAUCCCAGGUGACCUGGCUCUGCAGCAGUGUAUGCUGGGUAUGGAAUUUUCUGGCCGUGACCCCAGCGGUCGGCGCGUGAUGGGGCUGCUUCCUGCUAAAGGCCUGGCUACAAGUGUGGAUGCCGACAAACGCUUCCUAUGGGAUAUUCCCUCCAGCUGGACUCUGGAGCAGGCAGCCUCAGUCCCGGUGGUCUACGCCACAGCGUACUACUCUCUGGUUGUGCGGGGCCGGCUCCGCCCAGGAGAGUCUGUCCUCAUCCACUCUGGGUCAGGGGGCGUCGGCCAGGCGGCCAUCGCUAUUGCACUUAGCAAGAAAUGUAAAGUGUUCACCACAGUCGGCUCAGCAGAAAAGCGGACCUACCUGCAGGAGCGGUUCCCUCAGCUCACUGCAGAGUCCUUUGCUAACUCCAGAGACACCACGUUUGAACAGCACGUCCUGCUGCACACACAGGGACGAGGUGUGGAUGUGGUGCUGAACUCUCUGGCAGAGGAGAAGCUGCAGGCCAGUAUUCGCUGCCUGGCCAGACACGGGCGCUUCAUGGAGAUCGGCAAAUUUGAUCUGUCCAACAACUCUCCGCUGGGCAUGGCUCUGUUCCUGAAGAACGUUGCGUUUCAUGGCAUCCUGCUGGACGCGCUCUUUGAGGAGGGCAACAAGGAGUGGGAGGAAGUGUCCCAGCUGCUGAAGGAAGGCAUCAUGGGAGGUGUUGUCCAGCCUCUGAAGACCACAGUGUUUGAGAGAGACCAGGUGGAGGCGGCGUUCAGAUACAUGGCUCAGGGCAAACACAUCGGCAAAGUCCUUCUGAAGGUCUGUAAUGAGGAGAAGGACGCAGCGGUCAAAACAUCCUCUCCACUGUCUAUCCCAGCGAUCUGUCGUACGUUCUGUCGCCCCGCCCACUCUUACAUCAUCACCGGGGGGCUCGGGGGCUUCGGUCUGGAGCUCGCUCAGUGGCUGACUGAGAGAGGAGCCCGGAUACUAGUGCUGACUUCCAGAUCAGGAAUCAGGAACGGUUACCAGGCGAAGCGCAUUCGUGAGUGGCAGAGUCAGGGUGUGAAGGUGCUCGUGUCGACCAAUGACGUCAGCACACCGGAGGGGACCGAGCGACUCAUCGCUGAGGCCAGCUCACUGGGGCCAGUGGGCGGAGUAUUCCACCUUGCUAUGGUGUUGAAGGAUGGCAUGUUGGAGAAUCUGACUCCCCAGCUCUUCAUUGAUGUCAACAAACCCAAAUAUGAUGGCACCUUAAACCUGGACGAAGUGACCAGAAAAUCAUGUCCAGACCUCAGCUACUUCGUCACCUUCUCCUCAGUCAGCUGUGGCCGAGGCAACGCCGGUCAGAGUAAUUACGGAUACGCCAACUCUGCCAUGGAGCGCGUGUGUGAAAAGCGGCGCUACGACGGCCUGCCCGGACUGGCGGUCCAGUGGGGUGCCAUCGGAGACGUUGGCGUGAUUCUGGAGACGAUGGGUGGCAACGACACGGUGAUCGGUGGCACUCUGCCACAGCGCAUCGCGUCCUGUCUGGAGGUGCUGGAUCGCUUCCUGUGCCAGCAGCGGCCGGUGAUGUCCAGCUUCGUGCUGGCGGAGAGGACGGUGGUGAAGAGCGAGGGAGGGAAUCAGAAGAACUUGGUGGACACUGUCGCUAACAUUCUCGGUGUUCGUGAUGUGAGCAGCCUGAACGCUGAUUCCUCAUUGGCUGAUCUGGGCCUGGACUCUUUGAUGGGUGUGGAGGUUCGUCAGACUCUGGAGAGAGACUACGACAUCGUCAUGACCAUGAGGGAGAUCCGCCAGCUCACUAUCAACAAGCUGCGAGAGCUGUCCAAUGGCAAGCCAGCUGGAUCAAGUGAGUCUUCCCUGGGAACUAAAAGAAACAGUCUGCAGUCCGUGUUGGAAUCAAACCUGACCCAGAUGUUAGUCAACCCCAGCGACUCCACAGUGACGCCACUCAACAAGGUCCAGAGCCAGGAGAGACCUCUGUUCCUGGUCCAUCCCAUCGAGGGCUCCAUCAACACCUUCAAGACACUUGCUUUCAAACUCAAUGCUCCCUGCUACGGCCUGCAGUGCACCAAAGCUGCUCCUCUGGACAGCAUCCAGUCUCUGGCAGCAUACUACGUGGACUGCAUCCGACAGGUGCAGCCUGACGGGCCGUAUCGGAUUGUCGGGUACUCCUUUGGCGCCUGUGUGGCGUUUGAAAUGUGCUGUCAGCUCCAGAUACAGAACCAGCCGGUGGAGCACCUCUUCUUGUUUGACGGAUCACACUCCUACGUGGCAGCGUACACGCAGAGCUACAGAACCAAGCUGACACCAGGGAAAGAGUCUGAGGCUGAAACUGAAGCCAUGUGUGCUUUCAUCCAGCAGUUUACAGGCAUCGAGUACAACAAGCUUGUAGAGGCUCUCCUCCCGUUGUCAGACCUUGCAGCCCGAGUGAACGCUGCAGUGGACCUGAUCGCCUCCAGUUACACCACCGUCAGCAAAGACAUGCUUCACUUUGCAGCCAGCACCUUCUACCACAAGCUGAUGGCUGCUGAGGGCUACAAGCCUGCGACGACAUAUCACGGCAAUGUGACGCUACUGCGAGCCAAAGCCAGCAGCGUAUACGGACAGAGCCUGGGAGGGGACUACAAGCUCAGCGAGGUGUGUGACGGCAAAGUGUCAGUCCAUGUUGUGGAGGGAGACCACCGCACCAUCAUGGAGGGAGAGGGAGUGGAGUCCAUCAGCAACAUCAUCCACAGCUUCCUGGCUGAACCACGAGUCACAGCCAGAGAGGGUUAAACAGACCCCACCCAAACAACCACACCUCCCAUCACCUCCACCUUAAAAAACUAAUUUCACAACAUUCCCUAAAUGUCCUCCUCAUGGAUGUGUAGGUUUCAUUUCCUUUUGUACUGUGAGAGUAACGCUGUUCGUCUUCAGGCCCACAUGUUUGACCGUCUACUGUCCCAAACGCACCUUAUUGCAUCUCCCCGACUUAUCAGAUCGCUUAGCCGGCAGACAUGUGAGCCGUCAGUUUGUACAGCACGAGUGACAUCGUCUCUUUAUGUUGCCAUGCAGUUCUACUUUUUACAUGAGCUGUUUUUGUAGAGUAGUCCCAGAGAGUUAGACGUUAGAAACAUCACAUAAUGAAACAUAAUCCAUCAAUCAAAGCUUGAUUAUCCUCAAAGCCUUAUCGAUCAGUGUUAGAGCUAUACGCUAACUACAAAUGUCUGACACACUGACUGAAUAGACUUCAACGAUGCUCAACAGCUCCUUCUCAUCUCACAGGUUUGAGUACCAGAUUAAUCCAGCACAUCAGAACGCAAACAUGAACUCGGGACUCAUACAAAAAUUAACCACUUAUAACGAGCAGUACAAACAACUAGAGGCCCUUUUUCUAUAUUUUGGUCUUUUUUAUUUGCUUAUUAUGUGACAAAGGAAAAUGUGGGACCUAACAUUGUGUGUUGUUUUUGUUGUUUUUAUAUUUGUGUCUGCCUUGAAGCAAAGCAGCAGCAGAAGCCGAUGUGUAUUUCCUGUCUACUGAGACAUUAACUCACUAAUAUUAUCAUAGAUUAUUUUGUCUUUCAGUAACUUUACACGGUGGUUACAAACGAGAUGCAGACUGCUGCAAAUACUGUUUAUGGUACUGUGUAAUUACAGCAGCUCUCGUCCUCAAAGCUAAUGUCUGGGUUUGGUUCCGUGUUUCGUCGCUGCUCUCUUCACUGUGCUAUCCUUCCAUUAAAGGCUCGAAAGCCUCUAAACAAACCAUAAAAGAGGAAUGAUCCGUAUUGCUCUCUCAUAAAACUGAUCACGUAUCAUUAAUCGAGGUUGUAACCCUUUAUUGUCUUUGCUGCACAAAGCGACCUGGUCAGUGUUAUUUUCUGUCCUAACAGAGUCAUGUCCAGUCCUGCUCUGCUGUGCUGUGAUUGGUUAGAGGUCAGAGACUGAACUUAUGAUGUCAAUCUGUCAGCGUGAACCCAAAUUAAAAUCUUGUACAAACCAAAUCAGGGAGUUUGGUACUUUAACAUAGAGCUGGGCGUUAUUGAAAAAGAUGUUAUCACAAUAACAUUUUUCAUAUCGGUCGAUAUCGAUAAUUUUCACAAUAAAUUUAAAAUCAUUCUUUCAUAUCAUUUUAAAGGCAGAUUUUUUUCUCCUGAGUGAAAGCUGAAGAAACCAGACGGUUUGUUAGCUUGUCUCUUGGAUUUAGUAGUUUAGUAAAUAUCCAAAAUAUCUUAACUAAUGCAGUUUAGUGGUCUUUCUUAUCAAGCGUGUUUUCACUCUGCUGGUUGGUUUUCUUCAGUGUCGCUGUCGCUCGUUUCAGCUGUUUACAAAUGUCCAAACGUCUUUAAGCCCCUCCUACCUCUUACCCUGCAACAUGAUUGGCUGUUCCAUGCCGUCUUCUUCUGUUUAAUGUUGGGUGGGAAUUAGCGUUUAAGACACACUAGCGCCCCCUCCCUUACCUGUGGUUGGAGUGAGUAAUUACAGGUUUAAAUAUAUCAACGUUUUAUCCUACAUUUGUUGCAUCUAUAUUGAGAAAAGUAAUUUCCUGAUAAUUAUCGUUAUCCUUUUAUCGCCCAGCCCUACUUUAACGUAACCAAUAUCUGAAACUUGACAUUGUUUUACACCCACUUGGUUGAGAAAAAUGAAUGAAGCCAACAUUAACCAAUCACAGUGCAGUAGAGAGAUAAAAAAAAAGGCACGAGAUCAUCUCGUUCAUCAAACCUAUUUCUACCCUGAGCUGCUGCUUCAGCGCAACAACUGUAUGAUCUCUUGUGUAAGCUUUAGGUACUCUAUUUCCAUUAAUUAAUAACCACUGAUCCAACAUGGUGACCAACAGUUAUUACACAGUUAUAGUUGUUAUUGACUGUACUCGUCUGUAUCUGUCAGAUCUUAGGAAAUGUGCUUUCGCCUGACUCAUUAGGAAAUGAAGAUCUGUGAUUGGUCGAAGCAAUCAUUGCAGGCCAACUUUACUCAGCCGUCAAACUUGAAGUCAACACUUUGUUGUUUUCUGUGUGUGAACAUAACCGGAACACAUAACGGGAACACGUCAUGUUCUAAGGGACGAAACUGUGACGGUUACAGUAUUUUUUGUUACACUCAUUGUGCUGUUCUGAGUAGAUUUAGUGCUCAUAUUUCUUACUACAUGUAUCACCUUUGGUUAACUGACCUCUCAGGCACCUGCUGAAUGUGGAUUUCUGAUCUGAACAGCAGGAACCUGAGCAUCCGAGCGUCUGUCUCUGACUCCCAUGACCCUCACUCGGUUUCAUGACCCCGUUUGCGAGCAGUCUAGUCCCAUCGCACACUGCUGUCAGCCCGACCUCUGAGACCUCUGAGACCUCUGAUUUGGUCUAUGACGGGUUGGAGAGCUGGAAGCAGAUGUGGUGUCUGAAUGCAGUGAGAAGGAGAAAGAAGGGACAGAGUGUGCUCCUCUUGUGAUGUUUUUCCAGUUUGUGGUGUUUAAACUAAAAUAAAAACCUUGUUAAUCACA